AGCCUCCGCGCAUUAUCAUACACGUGAUUAUCAUCGUCGGGAACAGUUCCAAAGUAACAUUUCAGAUCAGUCGUUCAAAACAUUCGUGAUCAUGAAGUCAUUCGUAGAAUACUACUCAGAUUGUGAUUUUCCAAUUGAAAAUCUUCCUUACGGCGUCUUUUCUACGAAGAGUAAUCCGCAAAAGAGAAUAGGGGUUGCGAUAGGGGAUGAAAUUUUGGAUUUAUCUGCUAUUUCAAAUUUGUUCGAUGGGCCAUUGUUAAAAAACCAUCAAGAUGUGUUUCGUCAAGAGUAUCUUAACGAUUUUAUGGCCCUGGGAAGACCCGCAUGGGUAGAAGCGAGAAGCAAACUACAAAACUUGCUAUCGGCCAAUAAUCCGACUUUACAGGAAUCAAAUACUCGUUCAAAAGUAUUUGUGCAACAAGAUGAAGCUACGAUGCAUCUACCAGCAAAGAUCGGUGACUAUACAGAUUUCUAUUCCUCGAUUAACCACGCCACAAAUGUAGGAAUUAUGUUUCGUGGGAAGGAAGCAGCCUUGAUGCCAAAUUGGAAGCACUUGCCAGUCGCUUAUCAUGGAAGAGCAAGCUCAGUUGUCGUUUCCGGUACACCCAUCAGAAGACCAAGAGGUCAGACCCUUCCAAUAGAAGGUGCAGACCCAGUUUUUGGUCCCUCUAGAUUAAUGGACUUCGAAUUAGAAGUCGCUUUCUUUGUUGGGGGACCUGCAACGAAUUUGGGUGAGACUGUACCAGCAUCGAAAGCUUACGAUCACAUUUUUGGACUAGUCACUAUGAAUGACUGGAGUGCAAGAGAUAUUCAAAAGUGGGAAUACGUUCCAUUGGGUCCCUUCGGAGCGAAAAAUUUUGGAACCACCAUUUCCCCUUGGGUAAUCACAAUGGAGGCUUUGGAACCUUUCAAAGUACCAAACGUUCCUCAAGAUCCAACACCGUUUCCCUAUUUGCAGCACAGCGAAUCUUGUAAUUUUGACAUUAGAUUAGAAGUUGAUAUCAAACCUCCGAGUGGAACCGUGACCACUGUUUGUCGUAGCAACUACAAAUUCCAAUACUGGACGCCCCGUCAGCAAUUAGCUCACCACACCGUGACCGGAUGCAAUAUCAAUCCGGGCGACUUAAUGGCUUCCGGUACAAUAAGUGGCGAGGCUGCUGAUUCCUACGGUUCUAUGCUCGAGCUAUCUUGGAAAGGGACUCAAGCUGUACCGUUAAAAGACGGAACAAAACGGAAGUUCCUGGAAGAUGGAGACGAAGUGAUUAUUCGCGGUCACUGUGUCGGCGAUGGCUAUAGAAUCGGAUUUGGCUCGUGCUCAGGGAAACUGUUACCAGCUCUUAAGGAUUAAUCUUCUCUUUACCUGUUUUAUGAUAACGUCAUAACAUAAGAGUUAUCAUUACUUUUUGGAUAUUAUGUAAAAAUAUAAUAAAAUGAAAUAAAUAUUUUAUAAGUAAAAUCCUA